CAUCUCCCCCAACUCUUUUUGGUUUUUUGUUCUUGUUUUGGCCUCUGGGUAUCUUAUUUAAACAAAUAAAAAUAAAACCUUUCUUUUAGGUUUUGUUGUGAAAGAGAAAGAGAGAAGAAAAAUGGCACUAGAAGCUGUAGUUUUCCAGCAAGAUUUGUUUGGUUACAGCAACAAAGAACUCUACGGCUUGUUAGGAGGAAAUUUGAGCUAUGAAGAGGACAAUCAUUUGCUUUAUUACAACCAGACAUCCGAUGAUGCUAACACUAGUUUUGUUAACGGAGAUUACUGGGUGUCUUCUUCUUCACCAACUUCAAUGGCUACUAACAAUAAUGUAAAUGGAUCAUCCUCCGUCGUCGUCGACGAUUCGGCGGCGGCUUUCGAGACGGUGACCUCGAGUCGUCCCAAAAGACGUCGACUCAAAACUCGUAAAAACAAGGAAGAGAUUGAGAAUCAAAGGAUGACUCACAUUGCUGUUGAACGCAAUAGGAGAAGGCAAAUGAAUGAAUAUCUCUCUGUCCUUCGCUCACUCAUGCCAGAGUCUUAUGUUCAAAGGGGUGAUCAAGCGUCAAUAAUUGGAGGAGCUAUCAAUUUUGUGAAGGAGCUUGAGCACUGUGUUCAGUUGCUUAGUGCUAAGAAAGAGGUGAAGGAAAGCUCAGAUGGAAGUAGUAGUACAAGAUGCUGUUCAUCACCUUUUGCUGAGUUCUUCACGUUCCCACAGUACUCGACUCGGGGCGAUAAUAAUUCGAACCCGAUGACCGAAUCGAUGUCUGAGAAUCGAUCCGCCAUAGCCGACAUAGAAGUUACCAUGGUGGAGAGCCAUGCAAACCUCAAAAUAAGAUCGAAAAAGGGACCGGCACAGCUCUUGAAACUGGUUUCAGGUUUGAGCAGUAUGCGUCUCAAUAUCCUCCAUCUCAAUGUCACUACAGUUGAUCAAACUGUACAUUAUUCUCUCAGUGUCAAGGUAGAAGAUGAUUGUAAGCUGACUUCAGUGGAUGACAUUGCUACAGCAGUAAACCAGUUACUAGGCAGGAUUCAAGAAGAUGCCAUGUUGAAUUGAGAAUUCACUGUGGUUUUUCAUUCCAUAAUCCCACUGUAAUUUCCACCUUCAUAUUAUAUAUGAAGGCUCCUCUUUCCUUUUUUUUUUAACCUUGAAAUCGCUUAAUUUUGCCACUAAUUCCCUUUUAGUACUGCAGUUUUCCAUUUCUUAGGCCAGUAUUUUACCAUAAGCUGUACUAGAAAAAUAACUGUUGGUUUCACCAGAAUAAUGUAAUUUACAAAUAAGCCUGGCUUCA